CUAAUCAGAUCUGCAGCAUAAUGAAUUGAUUUAAUUAACAGGGGAAUCCGCGGCGCUUCUCUGGGAAAAAGAAAAGAAGAAGAAGAAGGGGGGGGUGUAAAAAAAAAGGAAAAGGAAAGCUCGUGCACGCACACAACGAGCGCGCGCCUGCGUUGCCUGUGUGUGCGUGCGCGCUCGCGGGCGCGCGCUCGCGUGCAUUUAUCCGAGCGAGCGCGUGGAGCACCGAGCGCAUAAAUUGUGCGCGCGAAAGGGGCAGAACGGCAGGCGCGAGCGAUGCGUUUCAACCGCUCUGUCAUCUCCUACAUACAAUCGGGAUUUCUUCUUUCCCCCCGCCCUUCCUUUUUCUUUCCAGCACCACCGGAUCCGGUUCGGUUGUGUUUUCGUUUUGUUGUUGUUUGUUUUUUCCCCUUGUUGAAGUUUUAGGUUUUGCUCGGAUCGGAAUGUAGCCGUCACGCGCAUGUCUCGGGGGUGUUUUUUUCUGUUUGCACGACUUGGCGGAUGUGUGCACGACCGGAGAACCUCACAGCACCUCAGAGAACCUUACAGAACCUUACAGAACCUUACAGAACGUGACUGAAACGGAACAGCACGACGCACGCAUACACACACGCGCGCACACGCGCGAAGCCUGCAGCAGCAGCAGCACGCGGACCCUUUUUUCUAUGAUCGUUUUCAUUAUUUUAUUUUAAAAAUCCAGAGAGAGAGAGAGAGAGAGAGAGAGAGAGAGAGAGAGAAGGGGGAGAGAGAGACAGAUAGAUAGGAGAAGAAGAAGAGAACCCUGCUGGAUCCGAGAGCGGAGCGUCCUGAGCCGGACUCCUCCUCAUUCCUCAGGACCAUGGUGUUAGACAAGGAAGAGGGAGUUCCGAUGCUCUCCGUCCAGCCCAAAGGCAAACAGAAGGGCUGCGCUGGCUGCAACCGCAAGAUUAAAGACCGCUACCUGCUCAAGGCGCUGGACAAAUACUGGCACGAAGACUGCUUGAAGUGCGCGUGCUGCGACUGCCGCCUGGGCGAGGUUGGCUCCACCCUCUACACCAAAGCCAAUCUCAUCCUCUGUCGCAGGGACUACCUGAGGCUCUUCGGGACGACGGGGAACUGCGCAGCCUGCAGUAAACUGAUCCCCGCGUUUGAGAUGGUGAUGAGGGCCAGAGAUAAUGUUUACCAUUUGGACUGCUUUGCCUGUCAGCUGUGCAACCAGAGGUUCUGCGUAGGCGACAAGUUUUUCCUAAAGAACAACAUGAUCCUGUGUCAGAUGGACUAUGAGGAGGGCCAGCUCAACGGCAGCUUCGAGACGCAGGUCCAAUAACGCCAACCUGAUGGAGGCAGCAGCACACACACACACACACACACACACACACACACACACACACACACACACACAGAGAGAGAGAGGGAGGCAUGUCUGUCUGCAAUACUUUUUACAGUAAGAGAAGCCCUCGUCGGUCCUUCAGGA